AUGUAUGAAGAUCCCAUACGAAUACAGAUGGCAGCCAGGUGUCUUAAGGACCUUCGCCAAGGGAAGCACCCCCUGAAAGAGUUUAUUUCUGAAUUUCGGCUUUUGUGCCUGGACUCCAACUGGAAUGACGCAGUGUUAAUGGAUGCCUUCCAGGAUGGCCUGUCAGAAGAGCUGCAGGAUGAGUUAGUUCGAGUGGAAGCGCCCCUGACACUCGACGCUUUGAUAGUGCAAUGCUUGCGCAUCAACGCACGUCUCCAACGGCGAAAGAACCAUCGUACCAUCCAUGAGCAGCCGUCUGCAUCUGUACUGCUGCACCCUGUGCUAACAGCACCCCGGGUCACCCCACAUGUCAUGGCAACAGCUGAGGAACCAAUGGAGUUGGGAGCGUGCAUGGACCACUUCUGCCACACCUGUGCUGGCCAGGACAUCUCUACCUCUGCCAUCUCCAUACCUCCUGAACUGACAGACUUCACAGAUGUGUUCAGUGAAAAGGAGGCAGACCGGUUACCCCCGCAUUGGCCCUAUGAUUGCCCAGUGGACCUUCUGCCCAAUGUACCGCUGCCAAAGGGACGUUUGUACUCCAGGUCCGACUCCGAGCCUAAUCUGGCCGCACUAAGGGGUUUUUUGGACAAAAACUUGGCCGGAGGGUUCAUCCGGCCUUUGUUGUCUCCUCUCUCAGCCCCAGUCCUCUUUGUCAAGAAGACGGGAGACUUACGCUUGUGCUGUGAUUACUGCCGGCUAAACGCCUUCAUGAUGUGGAAUCACUACCCCUUGCUGCUCAUUCCAGAGUUGUUGGAGAGGUUGAGGGAGGCCACUAUCUUCACCAAGCUUGAUCUUCAAGGGGCCUACAACCUGCAACAGGCUUUUGAGGCCCUCAAAAAUGCCUUCGUCGCAGAACCCAUCCUGAGGCACCCUGAUCCACAUCAUCCUUUUGUGGUGGAGAUGGAUCCAUCCAACGUGGCUAUUGGGGCGGUGCUGUUGCAGGCCCUGGUGGAUAGCAUCACUCUUUUUCCCUGUGCUUAUUAUUCCCAGAAACUCAAUCCUUCCGAAUGCAACUAUACCAUCUGGGAAAAAGAGUUGCUGGCUAUCAAGGCUGCAUUUGAAGCUUGGCGACAUCAUCUAGAGGGGGCCAACACAAGUGGUCACAAUUGGAGGGCGGAUGCCCUGUCCUGCAAACCCAAGUACCUUUGUCCUGAGGACCCCCUUCCUCUGCGGACGGUGCUGCCAGCAGAAUCCUUGGCCACAGUCCAGAAACCGGUGGACUUCCAGACUCAGGUGCGAGAAGCGCAGCACCUGGACGCUUGGACACAGCAAAGGACAGGGGAGAUUGGUCCCAAAUCUCCAUGGACUUUGGAGGAGGGCUUACUCAAGCAUCGGGGGCGGUUGUACAAGAGGAAAGUUGAUGCAGAUGGAAGGAUGUUUCAAGAAAGAUGGGAAGGUGAAUACAUGUUUGUGCUCCAAGGAGAGAAACUGGUAUGUCUUUUAUGUUACGAGGCAUUAUUGGUUGUCAAAGAGUACAAUCUACGUCGGCAUUUUGAAACCAAACACAGAGCUAAGUAUGCCAAAGUUAGCCUUUCAGAAAAAUGACAGAUUGUCGAAGAAUUAAAAAGCAAACUACAAUUGCAGCAAAAUGUGUUCAUGAAAGCCACAACCAAAAACACUGUGGCAGUGAAAGCUAGCUUCAUCGUUGCAGAAGAAAUCGCCUGAGCUUCAAAGUGUUUUUCAGAGGGCGUGUUUUUGAAGCAGUGCAUGCUGAAGGUCUGUGAGCAGGUGUGCCCCGACCAGAUACAGACUUUUAAAAAUGUCAGUUUAUCAAGGAACACCAUUGUGGACCGAGUUACAGAACUCGCAGGAAACCUGCUGACGCAGUUGGCCCAAGAGACACGUAGCUACAUGGCUUUUUCAUUAGCUCUUGAUGAAAGCACAGACAACACGGAUACAGUGCAUCUAUCCAUUUUUAUUCAAGGCAUGAAGUUGGACCUCUCUGUCACUGAGGAGCUGUUGGAUGUAGCUGCCAUGGCUGGGACCACAACGGGACAGGACAUUUUUGAUAUGGUGGAGAAGUCCAUGAGUAAAAAUGCAUUGCCUUGGGAAAAGUUGGUGGGAUUAACUACAGACGGUGCACCUGCAAUGUGUGGAGGAAAAGCGGGCUUGGUUGGAACAAUAAAAGACAAAAUGCUGAAAAGUAAUUGUCAGAUGCCUCUGGUAACGUAUCAUUGCAUCAUUCAUCAAGAAAUAUUGUAUGGGAAGAUGCUGGGGAUGGAUCAUGUAGUAACCACAGUCAUGAAAACUAUGAACUUCAUUCGAGCGUGUGGCCUGAAUCACCGUCAGUUCCAGCUGUUCUUGCAGGAAAUGGGCUCAGAGCAUGGAGACGUUCUGUACCAUACAGAAGUACGGUGGCUGAGUAGGAGUAAAGUCCUCAAACGAUUGUUUGAACUUAGGGAAGAUAUUACUCUUUUCAUGCUAAGCAAAGGAAAAUUCGUGUCUGAACUGUCAGAUCCCAACUGGCUGUGUGACUUUGCUAUGUUAUGUGACAUAACCGAGCAUCUCGCCCAACUGAAUCAGAAGCUGCAGGAACGUAGACAAGUCAUUACGCAGAGGUCCGACAUGAUCACGGCUUUCCAGCAUACACUUGAUCUGUGGAUGUGCCAAGUCAAACAGGACAAUGUUGCUCACUUUCCUGUUUCUCAAAGCAUUUCAGCCUCAUUUCCUGGUGUUUUUUCAUGUGCUCAGUUGGCUACCAAAGUGAGCCGAUUAAUAAAUGAUUUUGAUCGGUGCUUCUCUGACUUUAAAGCGCAGCACUCAGACUUUGCCAUCUUUGCCAAUCCUUUCACCACUGACGUCUGCACUGCACCCCAGCACCUUCAGAUGGAGUUAAUCGAGCUUCAAAGCAAUCGUAGCCUGAAAGCAAAGUUCAAGGAUGUUGCGAUCCAGGACUUUUACCAUAAAAUACCCCCUGGUUCAAUGCCACAGCUUCAACGUCAUGCAGCCCAUGUUCUGUCUAUGUUUGGGAGCACCUAUCUGUGCGAACAGAUGUUUUCAAUAAUGAAUCUAAACAAAAACAAGCAUAGAUCACGUAUCACUGAUGAGAACCUCCACGCUGUUCUACGAAUUGCUUCAGCACAAGACCUAAAACCAGACAUUGACACACUGGCUACGGAAAUAUGGUGUCAAAGAUCCAGCCAGAAAAUGCAUAAGUAA